CGCACUCAUUACAGUGCGCAAUAGUGAACUGACGGAUCGGUGGAGACUACCUUAUACUUAUUCCACCAUGAUCGGCGAGACCGUUUCCAAUUCUGUCGGCGGUUCGCAGCGUGAAUAUCGCACCGGAAUCGAGAGAUAUUGAAAGCGGAGCGAACAUCGGGGAUAACAAAAACAAAAGCGGAACUGCUACCGGGCGUUAACUAUUUUAAUUGAAUAAUACAGGGCUAGUAAUUGCGGUAAAUCGGGUAAUGAAGUUGUGCAGUUUUACAGUUAUUUUUUUGGUGCCAAAUCUGAGUUUUAAUCAAUUCUACAAGUCUGUUUCGUUUAAUACUUCUCAGCGCGCGUCUAUUCGAAUUUUCGCGCGUUUACCUUCUUAAAUUGUUUAAUUUUAUAUUGUUUAUGAUAAUUCAUGAAUUCAAAUAGUUUUUUGUUGUUUUUGUUGAGAGUGCAGUGCGUGUGUUUUGUGAGGAAGUUACAGUUUACUGGUGGUUAGCUUCAAUUGUCGAGCAACAAAAAUAAAUAAAUAAUACAGCAGCAGCAGCAGCCGCUGCAACAAUAGCAAAAACAACAAAGCGAUGCUGAUUGAUGUCACACACACAACAACAAAAAAAUAAAUUAUCACUUGGAAGGGGUUUAUCAAUUUUGCCAGCACAUUAAGAUGUUAUCUUGGAAAACAGUUUAAAGAUUCUAUAACGGAAACGGAAGUGACGCCCACGGGAAGAGGAAGAACAUCGGGCGGCAGGACAAACAGCUGAAUAAUGCAAAUUAAAACACAAUAAAAUGUAAAACACAAAUGACAACAGAACAGCAAACGGCGAACGGAGCGAAUAAUAGCACAAGUAAAAAAGAGCCAAAAAAAAAAAAAAACAAAAACAAAUAAUAUAAAAUUAAAAAAGAAAGAAAGCGAAUCGGUUGACAUGCCAAAAAAAAUGCGCGUGGCGGCGAGUUUUCCACUGAAUUGAUUUGAUUUAAGCCAGGAGCACUGGGCGCCGGCAUACGGAGCGUAUGCGCGAUACGUAUACGCGAUCUAGGGCGCCGGGGGAGCGGCGCGAAAUUUGCAUAACUUUGCUGGCGUGGCAUAAACAUCAAAAACAAAUUGCAAGUAACAAAGGGAAACAAGAACGGUCAUAAAAACGGCGCCAGCCUCGUAAAAAAAAUACGUACAACAACAACAACAGCAGAAAAUUCGCCCACCCCCCGCCACUUCCUGCUCUAGAAAAAAAAAACCCCUCAGACACUCAAAAAAAAACCCACAAAUCCCCCCACCACCAACAUUCAUUCAUUAAUUUAUGCAGCAAAUCAAAUAAGAAACGGGGAAGACGUAUAAAAGUAAUCGCAGGCAGUAACAAUUAAGGGCGAGAGUGCAGCAGCAGCAGCAGCCAAAAGCCAAGAAAAACCAAGGAAAAACAAAAAUAAAUUAAGAAAGAAAGAAAAAAGCAAAAAAAAGGAAGGAAAAUCCAGAAGUCAAAAAACCGGUUAGCAAGGGUUGCUUAUAAAUGUACCAGGACAGCGGCUGCAGCAGCAGUAGCAGUCGACGCGGCAGCAGCAGUGCAGCAGCAGCAGCAGCAACAGCAGCAGCAGCAACAUCUACAGCAGCAGCUGCAACAGCAACAACAACAGCAGCAGCAGCAACAACAACAGCAGCAACAACAACAACAGCAGCAGCAACAACAACUAGCAGCAGUGACGAGGAAACACUCGAAACGCUCACGAUUAUAACCACCACCAUAACCGAUAGCGAUAUCCAUGCGACGACGACAACAACAACGGUUAUAGCCAGCGGUACGGCGACAACAGCGGCAACAGCAACACUUGCCACCCUUGCAACACUAGCAACAGCAGCAGCGGCAACAGCAGUAGCAGCAACAGGAGCGACUGGAGUAGCAACAGGAGCAACUGGAGCAGCAGCAACAGCAGCAACAGCAACAGCAAGCAGCGAUAUCGAAGAUAGCAGCUUGGUGGAAAGUGAGGAGAGCGAGGAGUGCGAGUACAUCGAGAUCGAUUGCCAGACGACAACCGCCCAGGAAGGCACUUCGCCGAGCGGCGGCAGCAGCAGCAGCGGCAAUGCGGUCUUGCUGCAGCGCAGCAGCAACAACCACCGCCACCAGCAGCAACAGCAGCAGCAGCAGCACCAUCAGCAGGAGCAGCAGCAACAGUUGCAACUGCAGCUGCAGCAGGCGGACGUGCGAUUGUUGCGCAAAAUCGGCUAUAUUGCAUCGAGAGUACGGUGCUUGGCCAAGUUCUACGGCGAUUUCCGGCUGGUGAAUCCGUACAGUGCCCGACGGCAGCGUCGCCAACUGCAGGAGAUCCUGCUGCGGCACUCGAUCUUCGAUCCUGGCAAGGAGCACCAGCGGGCGAUCGUCUUGGCCGCGGCGACAGCGGCAAUUGCCGGUCCGUUGGCCGCCAUCGAUUGCGCCUGCGGCAGCAGCAGCAUCAGCUUAGAGGCGGUCAGCAGUCGGAGUCGCAGCAGUGAGCUGGAGGAGGAGCGCCACGAGGACGAGGAGGAGGAGGAUCGCCAGGAGCAGGAGCAGCAGCAGCAGAAAGAGGAUCACCAGCAGUUGCAGGAGUUGAAGGAGCAAGUGCUAAAGGAUCACCAGCAUUUGGAGGAGGGGGAUCCACCGCCGCCGGCGAUUGCCGUUACCACCACCACCGCCACGACCACCGUGCGCCGGAAGUCGUCGACGAGCUCCACCAUCAGUGGCACGGCCACCGUUUCCGGUUCCGUUUCCGUUUCGGCCUCCGCCUCGCAGUCCUUCUGCUCGAACAACAUUAAUCUGCUCGAGGAGCUGCUCAUUCAAUUCUACGAGGAGCAGGAUCAUCGCGGCAAUCUGACGGUGAUCAGACAUCAUCAUCAUCACCACCAACAACAGCAGCAGCAGCAGCACCAGCAGCAGCAACAGCAGCAGAGGAUUACCAACAACAAUAACAACAACAAUUGCAACAGCAUACAGAACAACAACAAUAUGUCGAAUCCUGUUGCCGCAGUUGCCGCACCAGUUGCUGCAGCAACCCAAGUUGCAACAUCAGCCGGCGGAGGAGGAGCAUCAACAGGGGCGACUCUUGAUCAGCCGGCCACUUCGAGCGGCACUAGCUGCACCACCACCACCACCAGCGCCACCCAGCACCACUUGCAACCCACCCAGCUGCCGGAUGGCAGCGACAACAAUCCGCGACGCCGGCGGGCCAGCGAUUGUUCGGCGGUGCAGGCGGCGCUGCAGAAUCAGUUGCACUGCAUCACGCUGAAGAACAACAAUUGCGGCAAGGCGCUGCCCUUUCAUCGCGGCAGUUGCGGUGCCGCCGGUGAGCAUCUGCUCGCCGCCAACUCGAUUGCCAAUCGGGCCACCAUCAUUUUGAGCAAAUCCUGCAGCAAUGUGGAUGGCGAUGGGGCAACCACCGCCUUGAGUCCCGCCGGCUUUGGUGGCAAUAAGAUGCGUGCGAGUGCCACCGAUAUCGAAUCGAAUGCGAUGAACGGUGCUCGUGACGUCAUGGUGGCAUCGAAUAACGGUAAUGGUAAUGGUAAUAACGGCAACAACGGCAACAACGAGUACAGCAUCCUGCAGCUGAACAACACGAUCAUCCAGUGCCACUUCAACGACGGCGACUUUCGCGCCCUGGUCAAGGACCUCAAGCGGAAGGUCGAGUACACGGAGCGCAUGAACUGGCUAUGUCUAUCCAAGCGACCGAUGGGCCCACCGCAUCGUAAAAGCAGUCUACCAAAGCAUCAGGAGGUGAAGCGACGCUUCCUGGAAAUUUGUGAUACGACCUUCUCGGAGGAGGUGAGGGCCGCCCUGCGCCUCCCGGCCUUCGAUUCCUACGAGUGGGGCGACGCCGACGUCAUCCACCUCAUGCAGACCAUGUUCGUCGAGCUGGGAUUCAUCGAGAAGUUCAGCAUUCCGGUGGACACGCUGCGCGAGUGGCUCUACGAGGUCUACAAGCACUACAACGAGGUGCCCUUCCACAACUUUCGCCACUGCUUCUGCGUUGCCCAAAUGAUGUAUGCCAUAACGCGCCAGGCGAAUCUCCUCAGUCGCCUGGGCGACCUGGAGUGUCUGAUCCUGCUGGUGUCCUGCAUCUGCCACGACCUCGACCAUCCCGGCUACAACAACAUCUACCAGAUCAAUGCCCGCACCGAGCUGGCACUCAGAUAUAAUGACAUCUCGCCGCUGGAGAACCACCAUUGUUCGAUAGCGUUCCGCCUGCUGGAGCAUCCCGAGUGCAAUAUAUUCAAGAACUUCAGCCGCGACACCUUCAACAACAUUCGCGAGGGCAUCAUCCGGUGCAUCUUGGCCACGGACAUGGCCCGUCACAACGAGAUCCUCACGCAGUUCAUCGAGAUAACACCGGUGUUCGACUACAGCAACCGUGCGCACAUCAAUCUGCUCUGCAUGAUCCUGAUCAAAGUGGCGGACAUCUCGAACGAGGCGCGACCCAUGGACGUGGCCGAGCCCUGGCUGGAUCGCCUGCUGCAGGAGUUCUUCGCCCAGAGCGCCGCCGAGAAGUCCGAGGGUCUGCCGGUGACGCCCUUCAUGGAUCCCGACAAGGUCAGCAAGCCGGGCUCCCAGGUCCGCUUCAUCGGCCUCGUCCUCCUGCCGCUCUUCGAGGCCCUCGGCGAACUGGUGCCCGAGCUCACCGACCUCAUCAUCAUACCCGUGCGCAUCGCCCUCGAGUACUACAGGCGCCUCAACGACGCGCAGACGAAGACCCGCAAGUCGGUGGCGGACAGCAACACGUCGGCGACCUCGGACAGCAACAGCGGCACCAUCGACUCCAAUGCGGCGAUGGUGAGCACUCCGGGCGGCGCCAGCGACAAGCUGAGCCUGGACAAGGCCCAGGGCAACUCGCAGGGCUCCGGCGGUGGAGCCGGCGGUGCGGGUGGCACUGGAUCCGGUUCGGGAUCCGGUGGAGGAGGCGCUGGCGGUGGCAGUGGCGGUGGAGGAGGAGGAGGAGGAGGAGGUGGCAGUGGCGGGGGGAACAAUGCAGCCGGAAGCGUUUCGCCGCAAAUGCCGCGCUCUGGAUCCGGGAUCAGCGUAAAGUCGCGACGCAGCAUCCCAUCGCAAAAGUCCGCCUCGAGGACCUCCGUCGAUGAGCCCGGCGGAAUGGCGGCGGAGCUGCACGACUUACCGGAGGGCAGCGAGAGCGGCGACUCGGAAACGGCCACCGAAGUGGAUGUGGCCGAGAAGACGUCCAAGUUCAAGGUGGACACGGAGGGCAGCAGCAACCGGAGCAAGUCCUCGCACUCGACCUCCCGCAAGUCCUCGCGCGAGAAGCGACCCUCGAUGAUCGGCGAGCUGUGCAGCAGCGGCGGCGGCCAGCGGAUCCGCAACUCGUACGGGAACAUCCAUGGCUACCACAGCAACCGCUGCCACUUCGGCAACAACCGGGCUGUGAGCCUCGACCAGUAUAGCAGUGGCGGGAACAAUCGACGGCUCUCGGACGGAUUGCCGCAGGUGAUCUCCGACAGCAAUGUCUUCUACGGUCGCCACAAUCGCAGCAGCAUGGAGGCAACCUCCGGUGGCGGUGGCGGAGGUGGUGGUGGAGUGGCUGGUGGUGUGGUGGUUGGCAUUCCACAGGACACCAAUGCCAAUACAAACCACCCGGGCUGCUGUCAGCUGAAGGAACUGUUGGCUCGCACCGAAGCGGACUCGGAUUCGGGGGAGGGUGAGGCGAAGGAGGACAAGCUGCCGCUGGCCAUUCCCGCUGGGGUGGUGGGGGCCACCGCCUCCUCGUCGAAUGGCAACAUAUCGCCACCGCUGGCGGUCACCGAACAAAUCCUGCCCAGCAACGGCAGCACAAGGAGUAGUGCCAGCAGUGGACGCAUCACCGCCGCAGGAGGAUCCGCUGGUGGUGCAGGAUCUGGCGGCGGCGGCGGAGGAGGAGGAGGAGUAGGAGCGGCAGGACCUUCGGCAGGAGGUGGCAGCUCCUGGAAGUCCCGACUGCGCCAGUUCUCCGACUACUUCAGCUUCAGCUUCGACAAGGGCAACAAGCGCUUCGGGAGCACUCGGAGCAGUCCCUGUCCCGGCUCCAAUUCCCAUUCCCAUUCCAGUUCGGGACGGGCCAACAACAAUGCCAAUGGCUUGGCUGAUAAUCAGGAUGGUGGUGGUGGUGGCGGUGGUGCUCUGAAGUCGGGCAUGUGCUGCACCAUCACAGGAUCGCCGGGCAAGGAAGCCCCCACUGGCGGCCACCUGACCACCGGAACUAAUGACGCCCAUCAGCGACAUCGGGCUUACAGCUUGGAUGUGCCGGGAAUGAUGCGCUACUCCUCCAACGACAGCAGUCGCCAUCCCAGCAAUAACACUUUACAAAGUUCGGGUGGCGGAGGAGGUGGAGCUGGCACCACCACCGUGGAGCGAGUGCCGCCCAGUGUGAGCGUAGAGAUUGGCCUGGCCAGCGGUUCGCCAUUGGAGGCGGGCCCAAAGAUUUGACAACAGGGGAGCACCAGGGAGGAUUCGGCCAGGGCGAUUCAAGAUCACCAGCGGGAGCAGGCGGCGGAGGAGGAGGAGGAGGACGAAGAGGAGGACGAGGAUGAGGACGAGCAGGAGCAUCGCAAGCUGCAGCAGCACCAGCAGCCGGACGCCUCCUCCAGCUGCGAGGUGUCCUCCAUGUCGAUGACCGUUUGGUCGGCGAUUGGCCAGCGGUUGAACGCACUCGUUUGUCAUUGCUGCGAACGCAAGCUCCCGGAGCCGGAAAAUGUCUAAGGGGGAUGGGAGGGGCAGAAAAAGGGGAAGGGGGGUGGGGAAAGGAGGGGGGUAGGGAAAAGUCAACCACCAAAAGAACCCCAUUUUCACCUGGCCAGCCAGAGCCCCCUUGCAAUCAUCAGCUGGGUUUCGUCUUCGCCUGGUUGCCUAACUUUAAGCCUAGUUCUUAGCGGUCUACUUUUAAGUUUUCGCAGAUUUUACUCUCUUGUUUUGUUUUUUUUUCUUCAUCAUUUUUAUUUUGUAUUUCCCUUGUUUACCUUUUAAGUAUUUUUAUUUAUGUACACGCGCAUACACACCACAAAUAUAUAUACAUAUAUUAUUAGUUAAUGCAUUUAUUUUAUAUUGGGUGAUGAUACAGCUUUUAGGUGAAUCAGAAACUAGAAACGGCAGAAAACUCAAAGGCGAAGGUUUAAAUUCUUCGCUGUUAACCUGAGCAUAUUUCACCAUUGCCCAUGGUCGAGCAUGAAUUUCCCGCGCAACUGGAUUUGGGCGAAAACCAUUGCGAUUUGACUGCCAGUAUCCAGGAUACUGGCAACGAAAACCAUUGGCCUUCAGCCGCGUUCUCAUACGAAAUUCACGUCUAAUUACGCAAAACAAAUUUCGACCAAUGCAUAUAUUCAACAGGCGGGGGUCGCAGGUUUACUCGAUGUAGAUUCGGUCCCAGUCGCAUAAUUCCAUUUGCUCGUCCAGCUCGUUGCAGUAAUCCUGUUUUGCCCAUUUUUUGUACGUUUCCUCUCCAUACCCUUGCAGAGGGUUUUAUAAUUGCAGUCAAAAGCUUGCAACGUACUUAAAAUAGUCACAGUUGCACUCGUCGAAAUCGGUCAGCCAAUCAUAAAAUUUUUGGAAAAAAAAAAUGAGUUUUGAAGUACCAGGCGAACAGAAAGCUAUAGUAUUUCUUACUUGUCCCAAAAUGUCCCAAAAUGUCCUGAAAAUGUGACAAAACGUCCCAAAAUGUCCAAGAAUGUCCCAAUUGUCCUAAUUGCUUAAAUUAAAAUUAAAAAUAAAAAAACUUUCAUCUAAUGAAUUCUGUUGGCCUGGUAUUUGAAAGCUAGGAAUUCCAUUUGGUUUCAAUUUUUAUGAUGCAAAAAAUUUUUCCAAAUUUCGAAGAAAUGGAUUUGCUCAAAAUUUACCAAAUUUCACUAAAGCUUAGUCCAAAACUUUUCAAAUUUUUAUCAGAUACCAGUUGUUCGUACUUUAAUUUUCUAACAAACUGCAUGAUUAGUUAUUUUUUUAUUUUUUUGACGAUUUAUUUUCAAUUU